UUUGAGUGUCCUGUGCACCUGAGACUGUGAGAGGGUCUUACUUCUACCCAGGGCACUUUGUGUAGGCAAACUGCAGAGAUCCAUCUUGCAAAUGUAUGUUGAAGAUUCUUGAUCACUGGAUUAUAUGGUCCAGAAAGAAAUGAAUCACAGCCAUGAAGAAACUAUGAAGCAAAUCAGUGUGGUGAACCUUGAUAAACUUUUAGAUAACUUCUCAGAGAUAGAGAAGAAAAUAUCAGAAAUUAAUGAAGCAAAUAAUGUACUGGUUCUUCAGCUGGAAAAAUGUAACAGAUUGUUAACAUUAAGCCAAUCAAAGGAGGAAUCAGUAAAAGAAGAAUGUACUGCUCUACAGAAUGUGAUAAAGGGUCUUACACAAACCAUUGAAAACCAGUGUAACGUGAAAGAUGAAAAUGAUAGACUGAAGGGUACCAUUCACAUCUUGGAAGAGAAAUUAAAGGCUUGUGAACAGGAAUAUAAAGAUCAUAUUGAGAAACUUAUGAUAGAAAUUAAAAACAAAGAGGAAGACCACAAAUCAGAAAUAACACAGUUGAAUUGCAAUAUAAGAAAAAAAUUUGAAAUAAAAGAAGUGGAGUGUAGAGAACAGAGAGAGAAAAAAGAACUGGAAAUAUUAGAGCUAACUAGACAGCUGAAAAUUCAAAAUGAAGAGAAGCAGAAUGAAAUAAUUAAACUGCAGAUAGAGUUCAAUGCUAAAUUAGCAAGAGUUCAGAACAAAGCAACGAAAUCAUUUUCAGAUGCUUCUGUCUUGCCACAAAGUAUCUAUCGAAGGAAGCUGCAGCAUCUCCAGGAGGAGAAAAACAAGGAAAUUGAAAUUCUCCGAAACACCAUAAGAGACUUAGAGCAACGUCUUAAUAAAGGCCAAGACAUGCACUUCAAACGGAGGCGAUUUUGAAUAAAUGACAUGAAGUAUUUCAGUAGUACAUACCACGAGAAAUAGAAACAGUAUAUUUCAAACUGUGCACCUGAAAGUAAAAACAAGAUAUGAAGAAAUACGGAAUAUUUUUUAUUGAAAAUGCUCUUGUCAAAUAUUCCAAAGGCAUGCGUUCUAUGUAUUCUAUUCAGGGCUACUUUCUUGCUAAUCAGCAUUCACGAUAAAAAGAUUCAGGUUUUGUAGGAGUAAUAAUUUCCCUAUUAAACCAUCAUUAAUUAUGGUGUACACUUUCAAAGCAGUUUUCCUUUCUUGAAUAUUCUCUUCUUCACCCA